ACACACACACACACACACCCUCUGUACACACACACACACAACACACUGGAUUAUACUGGCUGUAAAAACAGAGAUAAACUCAGACGUUUCUGUCACUCCGAGUUAUUCAUCCACCGACAACAUGAACGGACGACUUGUUUUUCUGGGACUCCUGUUCGCCUGUGUGGCUGCAGCUGCUGGGGAGAACUCUGAGCUUUUGAGAAAGCCGUCCUGUUCUGACAUGGGGGAGAUCGUGGCGUGCCCUUUGAACCUGGCUCCUGUGUGUGGCAGCGAUGGAAACACGUACGCCAACGAGUGUACCCUGUGUGCCGAGAGACAAAUGACCAAGGUGGACAUUUUGAUCGCCAAAGACGAGAGCUGCUGACCAGGGACCAAGGAUUUCUCUGCUAAGCUGACCGAUCAGGAUCUAUAACCGACAUUGAUCUUUGAAAUGAUGAGAUCUCUUCUGUCAUGGCAAUGAUUAAUAAACCUCAAUCAGCUGACGA